AUGGAAAAUAUCUCCUUGGCCAACCCUCAAUUAAUACUCAAGGGAAUUAUUGAGAUCGGUAACUUGAGGUACCUGUACUCAUUUGUCCUCAUUGUGAUGUACGUGGUGGUCACGGCCUUAUGUUCCAUCAUUGUGUGGGUUACGUAUACAGAAGAAGCUCUUCAUGAACCUAUGUUCAUCUUCCUCGCCAAUCUUUUGUUCAAUGAGAUAUAUGGGGGAACGGUCUUUGGACCAAAACUAAUCACAGAUGUCCUCAGCGUACGCUACACUAUUUCAUUUGUUGACUGCCUGGUCCAAGGCUUCUUCAUGCAGGGUUUUCCUUGUGUUGAGAUGUUCACCUUCACCGUCAUGGCCUAUGACCGAUACUUGGCCAUUGGACAUCCUUUGAGAUACACAAUACUGAUGACCAAUAAGAGAGCCCUUAUGAUCAUCUUCGCAAUAUGGGUUUACGUCUUGGUGGGAAUAGGAACAUGUGUCAUCUUGACCUCAAGGCAGACUUUGUGUGGGGUGGAAAUCAACAAUGUGUUUUGUGAAACCAUCUCCCUCAACCACCUGUCUUGUGGUGGCACUUAUAGUGCAGACUUUGGAUUUACAUGGGACUUCAUCAUGCUGGUGGGCUGUGGGUUGGUGGUCCUAUAUUGUUAUAUAAGGACUUUCAUUGUCUGCUUUAGUAUCUCUCAAGAUGCCAGCAGGAAGGCUCUUCACACCCUGGUGACCCACAUGAUCGCCUUCUCCACUUUCUUGGCUUCAUUCAUAUUCAUUAUAUCCCGGUACAGAUUAACAGAGGACGCUCAGACUGUGUUGUCACAUUUUGUGUCAUCUAUGCCCGGGUCGGUGUCCUACAUCCUAAACCCCCUGAUAUAUGGCAUAAGGAUAGAGGCGCUAAGAAAUAAGAUCCUGCAAAAAUUGUGCAUAAAUAAAAGAGAAAUCACAGAUAGAGAAAAAAAGCUACAAAAAAUUCAGCUUAGUAUACAAAAUAAUUAA